AUGAGUUUAAGCGAGAUCAAUAAGCUCUUUGAGAUUGCAGGAAAGUUAGAGCCAACGAAAGCGUUGACGACCAAGGAAGCCUUGAGGUUAUAUCGAAACUAUUUAUCGGAUUAUGAAAAAGUAGAAAUCUUGGGUUUUGAAGAGAUAUAUUAUGUAGGAGCAGAAUCGAAUAAGAAGAUGGCCAAUCGAUUAGAAGUUAAUCAAAACUUUGGAUAUGAUGAUGAGAGAGGAGAUUAUUUGAUUAUACGUAAUGAUCAUUUGAUGUUUAGAUAUGAGAUUGUAGAUGUAUUGGGAAAAGGAUCGUUUGGACAAGUUUUACAGUGUAGAGAUCAUAAAACUGGGGAAAUGGUGGCUAUUAAGAUUAUUAGGAAUAAAAGAAGGUUUCAUCAUCAGGCUUUGGUGGAGAUUAAAGUUUUGGAAAACUUGUUGAAUUGGGAUCCAGAUGAUAAACAUUGUGUUUUGAAAAUGACGGAUCAUUUCUCAUUUCGAGGUCAUCUUUGUAUUGUGAAUGAAUUACUGAGUAUUAAUUUGUAUGAAUUGAUUCGAAAUAAUUCGUUUAAUGGGUUCUCGACUGUCUUGAUCAGAAGGUUUACCAUUCAAAUCUUACAAUCUCUUUCUUUAUUGAGACAUCAUAGAGUGGUUCAUUGUGAUUUGAAACCUGAGAAUAUCUUGUUGAGACAUCCGGGGAAAAGUGCGAUUAAAACUAUUGAUUUUGGUAGUAGUUGUUUUGAAAAUGAAAAAGUUUAUACUUAUAUUCAAAGUCGAUUCUAUAGAUCUCCUGAAGUGAUUCUUGGAAUGAAUUAUCAUAUGGCAAUUGAUAUGUGGAGUUUAGGUUGUAUCUUAGCUGAACUUUAUACAGGUUAUCCAAUCUUUCCGGGUGAAACUGAAUCUGAACAAUUGGCUUGUAUUAUGGAAGUUUUGGGAAUGCCUGAUAAGUAUUUGGUUGAUAGAAGUUCAAGAAGGAAAUUAUUUUUUGAUUCAACUGGAGCACCUAGACCAGUAGUGAAUUCAAAAGGACGUAGAAGAAGAGUCGGAUCGAAAAGCUUAUCAUCUGUCCUAAAAACAGAUGAUGAAUUGUUUUUAGAUUUCAUUGGGAAAUGUUUAGCAUGGGAUCCCGAAAGACGCCUAAAACCUGAUCCAGCCAUGAGACAUCCAUGGAUCAUAGCCGGUCGGUCUCAAAGAACUCUAACCAAUGGGGUUGGUAGUCUUCGAAACCAAAGAGGUAGUUCUGGAAUCCUGAUCUCAUCACCUAGACGGAAACCUACGUUGAAUAAUAGUACAACUAGUACUUCGAGUGGUGGAACGGCUACGACGACUAGUCGGAUUAGAACUCAAUCUAUUACUGUGGUGGGAACUGGUGGUAGUAGUAGUAGUACUGGGGCUGGCAAUAGUCAUCAUCAUCAUAAUGGUUCUUUAAGACAAUCUGUACCUGUUAAACCGGUGGGAUCUUGAUUGGAAUUAGAGAUUGUCUUUGGGAAAAAAUUGUGAGAUGCAAGUUUAGGUUUUUUUUUAUAGUUUGGUUUUUUGGUUUGUCUUGAGGUUUUUCCUUUUUUUUGAAGUCUUUUUUGAAGUCUUUUUUUUUUGAAGUCAAUGGUUUUUUUUUCUUAUCCUUUCUUUUAUUUUAUUUUAGUUUUCUUCUUUUCUUCUUUUCUUCUUUUCUUUACUUUUUUUUUGACUUUUUCAUUAUUAUUUUUUUACAAAUAGAAAUCUCUUUUUUUUGUUAUCUUUUCUGUUUCUCUGUUUUGAAUAUUAUACUUAUACUUAUACUUAUACUUAUUUUGAGUUUCAUAUAUAUAUUUAUAAUAUAUAUUAUUAUUUUUUGAUGAUGAUGAUGAUGAAGAAGACUUUUUUUUUUGAAAAUGAUGAUGAUCAUGAUUAUGGAUACAAAUUCUUUUAGUUCUGUUUUGUUUGUAGGAUUUUACUCUUCUUUUUUUUUCUGAUUAUGAAUUUUUUUAAAUGGAUUAGAAAAUUUGAUAAGGAU